GCCCGGAAGUUUGAAUCCGUGCUCUCGCCCGUCGUUCAGGGUGAUAUCGCUCAGUCCAGAGCCUAACAUUUUCAUUUCAGGUUCUCUUAGUCGUCUCCGUUGCAAGCGCGUGCGACAAAUGGAAGCGGACUCGGUCACUCCACUCCUGCUCCUUCUACCGUUGUGUGCAAUUGCAUGGUUAUGUCUAAGCAAAAGGCGCCUAACAGUUCCUCCAGGACCCACACCGCUUCCCAUCAUCGGCAACACAUUCCAUAUGCCACGCAAGAACAUUGCGGAGUCCCUAGCACUGCUCUCCAAAACAUACAGUGAUAUCAUAUACAUGAACGUACUUGGACGGGAGCUGGUGAUCUUGAACUCAGCCGAGGCCGUGUUGGAGCUGUUCGACCAGCGGGGUGCCAUCUACAGUGACAGACCACGCACGAUCAUGGCAGGGGAACUUGUCGGCAAGAAGCACGCUGUACUGUUCCACGUCUACGAUGAGGAACUCAAGAAGCACAGACGCUUGCUACGGAAUGCUCUGGACUCCAGAGGCUCUCGCAAAUAUUGGCAAACGCAUUAUACGGAAUCGUUCAAAUUGCUCAAUGCAUUGCUACUCGCUCCGGAGCAGUUCGCUGCUCACUUUAGGAGAUCUGCAGGAUCAUUCACAUUGAAGGUGGCUUAUGGCUACGAAGUAAAAGCGGAAUCAGGCGAAGAUCGUUUCGUCACCCUUGCUGAGGAGUUGGCAUUCGUUACAGCCAAAGCAUCGAGGCCCGGGAGUUGGCUAGUGGACUCAAUCCCUGUAUUGCGCUAUAUUCCUACCUGGUUCCCUGGUAGUGGCUUCAAGCGGUGGGCACAAAAGGCGCGAAAGAUAACCGACGAGUUUGCUGCUGCUCCUUACAUGUAUGCGAAGUCCGCAGCGAACAACGGUAACGGGACUCGCUCAUUUGUCACGGAUACCACCGAACUGCUAGAAUCGGAACUCGGUAGAUCGCUGAACACAGACGAAGACAAUUUCUUGAAGUGGACCUCUGCCAGCAUAUACUCAGGUGGUACUGAUACGGCAGUUGCAGCCAACUUAUCGUUCGUGCUGUUCAUGGCAUUGUAUCCUCAUGUGCAACGCCGGGCACAGACCGAACUAGAUGAGAUUAUAGGAGCUGAACGUCUCGCACAGAUGGAAGAUCGGGAGCGACUUCCGUAUAUUGACGCCUUGAUCAAGGAGGUUCAUAGAUUCGGGACCGUCACUCCUCUUGUUCCUCACACCACCCUUGUCGACGAUGAAUAUCAUGGCUAUCGCAUUCCUAAGGGCAGCUGGAUAAUGGCAAACACCUGGGCUAUCAUGCGUGAUCACAAGCUGUUUCCUCAGCCUGACAGGUUCUGGCCCGAACGGUUUCUGCCGGAGGGCGGGGGUUGCACAGUGGACCCAAGAGAUUACGCCUUCGGAUACGGACGCAGGAGAUGCCCGGGUUUGGUGGUUGCUGAAUCGUCUCUUUUCAUCGCUGUAACACAUAUUCUGGCUGUGUUCACAAUAUCUGACCCGGUCAAUGAGUUUGGUGAGAAGAUCACAGAACCGGUGCCCUACACUGAUGCGCAUAUCUCGCACCCUACUCAUUUCAGCUGCAGUAUCAAGCCGCGUUCCCAAAGUGCCUCCGAGUUAAUCACUAACAUUUCUUUGUGACACCCAUUGUGCUUGCUUAAUAACUAUGUGUAUUUCUAUUGGUAUAUCCCUUCGCCACCUGCGUCUUACAAGAAGUCUCCGUUUCCUAUGACAUCCUCUCCU